ACAACCAUGAACCUGGAUGACAACACAAAAUGGCUCGUGUGGGUAGCCAAGCAGUUUGAGAAUAUUGUUGGUGACAAUAAAGAAAUCAGCUUGGAACAAUUCAAAACUGCACUUAAAGUGAAGGAGUCUUUUUUUGGUGACCGGUUCUUUGCUUUGUUUGAUUCCGAUGGAAGUGGAACCAUCAGCCUGGAUGAACUCCUGGACACCUUAAAAUUGCUGAUCCACGGGAAUGAAACCGACAAGCUCCGGUUCCUCUUUCGGGUCUACGAUGUGGAUGGUGGCGGCUCCAUUGAACCCGAUGAAUUACGCAUGGUCUUAAAAUCAUGCCUGAAAGAGAGCUCAAUAUCUUUGCCUGAAGAGAAGCUAGAUGACCUGACAAUGGCUCUUUUUGAGUCAGCAGAUUCUGAUAACAGUGGAUCCAUAACCUUUGAGGAGCUCAGAGAGGAACUGCAGCAUUUUCCAGAAAUCAUGGAGAACUUAACAAUAAGUGCUGCAAGUUGGCUAAAGCCACCCACAGCUCCCCGGAAGAGCCAAACCCCACAUAUCUUGAGUCCUGUGUAUUGGCACAACAAUAAGAACAAGCUUCUUCUGCUGGGUAGCUAUGCCUGUGUGAACAUUAUCCUCUUCGUCUUGGCUGCCCUAAAGCAGGCUGGCUCUGGCAUUUGGAUUGUGGUGGCCAGAGGCUGUGGGCAAUGCCUGAACUUCAACUGUGCGUUCAUACUGGUGCUGAUGUUACGCCGAUCUCUGACCUGGCUAAGGACCACUUGGGUAGCCAAAGUUUUGCCCCUGGACUUGAAUGUCAUCCUGCAUCAGCUGAUGGGCUACAUGGUGGGUGUUCUAACUAUCCUUCACAUGGGAGCUCACAUCAUCAAUUUUGUGAGACUGUCUGAGGCCAAAGGAGGCUAUCGUCUCUGGGAAUACCUUUUCACCACCCAGCCUGGCAUUGGAUGGAUUCAUGGAACUGCCUCUCUCACGGGUCUCCUCCUGCAGCUCCUUAUCUCCCUGAUGCUCGUGUGUUCCACUACCUUGAUCCGCAAGAGUGGUCAUUUUGAGGUCUUCUACUGGACUCACCUUUUCUACAUCCCUAUCUGGGCUUUGCUGAUUGUUCACGGUGCUAAUUUCUGGAAGUGGUUUGUGAUCCCUGGAUCUCUCUUCCUCGGAGAGAAGGCCUUUGCAGCUGCUCUGUCACGCAUCGGUGGGCUGUGCAUUGUGGAAGUCAACCUUCUACCUUCCAAGGUGACUCAUUUGGUGAUUCAGAGGUCCCCCUUUUUCCACUACAAACCAGGCGACUACGUGUACCUGAACAUUCCGGUCAUUGCCCAGUAUGAGUGGCACCCCUUCACUAUCAGCAGUGCUCCAGAACAGCCAGACACCAUCUGGUUGCAUGUUCGAUCACUGGGACAAUGGACCUACAGAUUACAUGAGUACUUCUGGAAUUUUCAAGAGCCCUUUGAUGACAACCUUGAAUUAGGUGAGCAGAUAAACCAGGGAGGAGAAUUCUUGCUUAUUUUCUCACAUAAAUUUUGUAACAUCAAGUGUUAUAUCGACGGUCCCUAUGGCACUUCCACGCGCCGGAUCUUCUCUUCAGAGCAUGCGGUGUUGAUUGCGGCAGGAAUUGGCAUCACCCCUUUUGCCUCCAUUUUACAAAGCAUCAUGUUCAGGCAUCGUAUGCGAAAACAAGCCUCCUGCAGCCACAGUAAUUCUUUGGAUGAGAAUAUGAAGCUUCAGAAGGUAGACUUUGUUUGGAUCAAUCGAGACCAAAAAUCCUUUGAGUGGUUUGUCAGCCUGCUUACCCAACUGGAAGCCAUGCAAGGCAGUGAAGAGCCAGCAGCCCGUUUCCUGGAGAUGCAUUUGUACAUGACCUCAGCACUUAACAAGAGCGACAUGAAGGCUGUGGGCCUGCAGAUGGCCUUGGAUCUACUAGCAAAAAAAGAAAAGAAGGACUCAAUCACGGGCCUCAGGACAAGAACAAAGCCUGGGAGGCCAGACUGGAAGCAGCUCUUUCAGAAAAUUGACAAAGAAGACAAAGGAAAAGUCCAGGUUUUCUUCUGUGGCUCUCCAGCUCUUGCCAAGGUUGUCAAAGCUCACUGUGAACAGUUCAUUUUUCCCUUUUUCAGGGAAAUCUUCUAG